UUUUUACAACAUCGGCGCAAUACUGCGAACCAACAACAGAAGAUGUCCUUGGACCGUUUUACAAACCGGAUACAUCGAAAAAUGACCACAUCUGCAUGCGAUAUCAAAAUCAUACCUUUCUACCAAAAAUUACCAUGACAGGACACAUAAAGAAUGUUGACUGUGAACCAGUGAACGGCGUUAAGGUUGAGAUUUGGCAGACAGAUGAUGAAGGAAAAUACCACAACGACCAAACCUGCAGAGGUUACGUCGUCUCAGAAAAUAACGGGUCAUUCAGUUUUGAAACGAUUCAUCCCGGACGUUAUAAACUCGGUGAUCACUUCAGACCAUCGCACAUACACAUGCUCUUCACUAAGCCUGGAUAUCAUAAUCUAAUCACUCAGAUAUAUUUUGAAGGAGAUCAAUACUUAGGAGAAAACGAUGGGUGCCCCCCUGCAAUCUGCCAUUCCGACGAUCAAAGAAGAAUCAUUGGCCUAAAGAAAGUGUUGUCUUCUAAAAACUUCGAGGGUACUUUCGAAGUAGUACUUGAAAACAGAAUUUAAAACCGUAACGUCAUGUCCAGCUCGGUACCGAAUGUGGCAUAAAAAUAAUGAUAUACCCAUGAGAUGUUAUUUGCAAUGUGCCCAAUCGACCAUUUGAGAAUGUAUGCAUCGAUUUUGAUGGACUCGAGAAAACUGCAAAGUAAGCAGCCACGUGAUUUUACAUUACUUUGAAAAUCCUUAAAAGUAUAGAAAUUAACACUCAGGUAUAAUGCAAUUAAAUGACGCUGAUUGCCGAAGAAAAACAAUAAAAAAUAACUUUUUUAAGAUUUAAAUAGAAGUUUAAGUUACAAAUAUGUAAUUGAAAAUAUAAUAUGGAUCCGAUCAAACUUAAACGUGUUAACAAUUUGAUAAAUAAGGAUGAUAUUACAAUUAAAAUGUCUUAAUAUAUAUAACAGAAUGUCGAUAGACGAUCGAGACAAGUUAUGUAGAGUCUUAAGCUACACACCCUG